AUGACCAGUCUGUUUCCAUCACUUGCUUUAUCUAUUAAAUAUAACCUCACACUCCCCAGCAUACAAGGUACCUUUAGUUCAAACGCAAACCUACCAAAGGCUGAAGUUACACCUGCUCAUAUUUUCCUACACUAUCUGCUUCCAACUUGGAUGGCAGAUAGACUAACUGAAUUACAAGACGCAAUUAAUUUACAGGCUGAGAACUUGUGCAACGCAAUCGGUGUGAUACAACAAGUCGCUCAACCCAGUUUCUUUUCCGAAUUUAAUUGGGCUUCGAGAUCUGUUAAACCAGAAUAUCAGGCAUUUGUCCAAGCUCAACCAACUGACGAUAUUGCACGGAGUUUCGCAGUUGCAAUUUCCGCUACUGCAAAGCAACUGGAUGCAUUGAUUGGAGCUCUGCCUGAGGAAGAAGCCAGUGCGGAAAUUCAACGUGCUACUGUUCAUAAGCUUUUAGAAGCUUAUAGAUCUGAAGGAGCGAAACUUGCACGUAUUACAACUAAGCUUGAGUCAAGGUUGGCCGAAAAUCAGAGGUGUAUAGAGAAUUCUAUGGAAGCUAAUUCUAACCCGUCGUUCGACAGUAAUUCGAGUUAUGAGGCUCCUGAAUACAUAUAUUCAUCAUUGUCGUCACAGCCACCUAUUUCCUGGAUCACCUAUUUAACUGUUGUAUUCCUCUUUAUUUUAUUUUCUCGACUAUGCUUCGCAUUCGGUAUUGUGGAUAGAUUACAUGUUCUUGUUAAUUUUAUUUUGACAAUAUCCACACCAUCUGGUCGUAAACAGCGAGCAUUACGCGCCAAGUGUAUUGAAGAUCUAGGAAAUUUACGAUCCCAAUUGAAAAGUAUACAUAUGGUGGAUGAGUUUGCUACCUAUUCAAAAGUAGAACGAAAGAUAAAAUUAUUGGAACGUCAAUUAGAUUCCUUAGCCCCUGAAACUCUUGUUGGAUCAAUGAUUCGUCAAUUCAGCAUCUAUGUUGGGUUAUAUGCAAUUGAAACUAUGUCUGCAGCUUAUCUAGUUUCGCUUUCUCCAGUGGAGACAAUUUCACUGGAAACAAUGCAUUCUCUCAUAAAAACUGAUCAUUCGAUAAACGACAUCAUUAUUUUCAUAUGUCAAUUUCCAUCACUUGCUUUAUCUAUUAAAUAUAACCUCACACUCCCCAGCAUACAAGGUACCUUUAGUUCAAACGCAAACCUACCAAAGGCUGAAGUUACACCUGCUCAUAUUUUCCUACACUAUCUGCAUGGGACUAAGUUGCGUGCGUGGGACGUCAAGUUUGGUGGUGUUUUGUGGGAGGAUUUGAUAGAUCCUUCUGAAUCAUCUAGUGGGGAAAUUUGGUGUGAUGAAAACUCUGAGGUUUUAGUUGCCGCUCACGACAAGGGAGUAGAUGCUUAUGUUAUCCAAACAGGUGAAAAGCUAUUAUCUGACCGGAACAUGAAUUCAAAUCAUCCUGAUGGAAUAAAUAUAAUUUCUGGAAAAACUGAAUCUAAUCUGACAAUCUCAGUGGUUGAGAAAUAUUUGAACAAGGGUGAUCAUUGGGGUAGUGGUGCACCUGAAUUAUCUCAUAUUAUCAUCAAAACAUAUCCGAUUUCAAGUUCUGGAUUGCAUUCAACCUCUAUGGUAAUAACGAACCAUACGAUUCAGUCAUCUGUCCACAGCCACUACUCAUGUCAUAUAUUCGGGUUGCGUAACAUUUCAACUGAUGCUGUUGUUGUGUGUCUAUCAUCUGAGCGUGGUAAGAAAGGAAGCCUGCUCAGAUUUUCGUCCGUUUCGUCAUCAGUUUGGGAUGCUGUCACAGUGAGAAGUACCAAAAAUAUGAUUAAGCUAACGGAUAAUUAUUUUCUGUUAACCUCUUCAUCGCUGGAGUCUACCACUGGGGCUGUAUAUCAUUUAAAUUCCUCGAAUGUUCCAGUAAUAAAAUACUUUGUAAAUAAUGCUAUGAUUGGAUGUCUGGGAACUUUAAAUGACCGGUCCUAUUUAUUUACACUUCAUCACAAUUCAAGUCAGGACUUUGAAAGUUUGGCUCUAAACAUCUAUGAUUUAGAAUCUGGUGAAUUAUCCAAAGAACUACCACCUCGUCAUUUCACCCUUGCUGGUUAUCAUGGAACAAUCGAAUCGAUAUCUGUUAUGAUGUUUACUGAUGUAACCGGUGCUCCGAGUUUUCGAUUAAUACUAUACACGGAAGAUAAUGCUGUACAACUGAUCAGACAAAACGGUAAACAACAAUGGAUUCGUGAAGAGGCAUUAGCAAACAUAGUUGCUGUUGAAGUAAUCGAUUUGCCUGUUUCAGAGUUUCAAGCGAAAAUUGAAGAAGAGUUUAGUCAUGCAAGCAACAACAUUUUGGAGAUGUUUAUUCAACGUUUAAGAACACAAAUUUCUCAAUUAGUUGUAUGGACAAAGCAUUGGAUUUCCAACCUACCGAAUUUAUUCAUGACCAUACUAUCGUCAUCCAAACUAUCCACUUCGCUUUUUAAGCAUUCAUCUGAUUAUGAUCUGUCAAAGCGUAAAGUACUUUCAUCAUCAUCACAAGACUAUACAUCAAGCGAUACAACAUCUUUGUCAAGUCAUUCACAUAGUUUUCCACCUAGAUGGCGAUUUUCAUCGUAUAUCCCUCCUGUGCGUGUCAAUAAUUACACUGAUAAUGAUAAUACCAUUGGUAAUAUAGACGUUAAUAAGCCGAAUUCUUACCAAUCAACUCAAAUUAAUCCUAAAAUUAUGUGGGAUGAAAUGCUUACGCGUGACAAUUUCAAUGUUCAUAAGAUGUUGAUUGUAGCUACCUCAGUCGGGAAACUGUUUGGUUUAGAAAGUGAACGUGGUCGUAUUGUAUGGGAUUAUUUUGUCCCAUCUGCAAAACUUUUAGCUAACGGAAAACUUGCCCUCUUCCAGCAGCGUAAUUUAGCUCAUUUUCCCUUACCGCCUAUCAUAUCACUAUUAUUCCGAUCAAAGAUAACAAAUCUACCAGUACUUUUCUCAUUCAAUCCAGUCACCGGUGUUCCGUCACACGAAAAAGGCAUGGAUUUGUAUGCAUUGAAAUCAGAUAUUCUUCAAACUGUCUUGGAUCCUGGUUCUGUAAUUGAACGGUGUGAUUUUAUUAGACCUUUGCUGUUGUUGAAAACAGAUUUAGAUAUUGAAGUUUAUCCGUCUACUUGUACGCCUACAUAUUUAUCAUCGGAUUCAGAACCUUUAUACAUAUUUACUAUUGAAAACGAACGAGCGCGUCUUACGGGAUAUCGUAUGCAUCGGAAGUCUUCAGAUGAUCAAUCAUUAAAAGCUACACGCGUCUGGCGAAUGUUAUUGAGUUCUGAUUCGAGUCCAGAUAACAAGCAUGUGAUUGUCGCCUCUGCUUCACGUUCAACUUCUGAACAUAUUUAUUCAGUCGGUCGAGUAUUGGGUGAUAGAAGUGUUCUCUACAAAUAUUUGAAUCCUAAUCUUAUUGCAGUGCUAACUGUCGGUGGUAAUAUCGACAGACAUACGAAUACACUGACAAUUUAUUUAAUUGAUGUCAUAGCUGGCCGAAUAUUAUAUAGUGCUUUGCAUCGUCGAUGUUCUGAACCUAUUAGUUUAGUGCAUUCAGAGAACUGGAUAAUUUACACCUAUUAUAAUCAUAAAACACUACGCAACGAAGCUACUGUUAUUGAAUUAUAUGAACCAACUAAAUUAUCUGGAGAAUUAUGUGCAAGUCAGUCAAUUCCAAGCCCUUGGCAGUUAUUUCUCAACAAUCUGAUCCCUUCAUGGUUGUUGUCUAAUCCAAGUUCAUUAAAAGGUUCCGGUGAAUUAUCAGGUUUUUCACGUUUCUCAUCCUUGUUCCGCGCUAGUGAUGUUGAUGGUUUUUGCAGUUCAACUGGUGAAAAUUCCUUAAUACCUCAAGUUCUACAACAGUCAUACAUACUGAACACUCCACCACGUAGUGGUGCAACAACUGUUUCAAUUACUGAGAGAGGAAUAACUUCUAAGAAUAUAAUUUUGGCCUUACAGAGAAAUAGUCUGAUUGAACUACCAAAAUCCUUUUUUGAUCCUCGUCGUAGUUUAGAUAUGACUUCUGAACUAAUGGAAGAAGGUGUUCACCCUUAUGCUCCUGUGCUACCGUUUUCUGAUCAAGCUAUAAUUACAUAUAAUCAAUCAGUUAUGCGAAUCCGAGCUAUUCGUGCAUCGCCCACUGGUUUAGAGUCUACUGGAUUAGUAUUUGCAUAUGGACUGGAUCUAUUUUUCACUCGAAUAUCACCUUCGCAAACAUAUGAUUUACUCAAAGAAGAUUUUGAUUAUACUGCAAUAGCCACUGUCACAUUAGGAAUGAUAAUUGCAUCGAUUGUGUCGUGUCGUUUGGCUACUAGACGAGCAGUUCUUAGAGCAUGGGCAUAA